AUGCAUGUGCUUUCAAAUUUAUAUGCUGCAACUUCAAUGAAUACUGCCACAGCCUUUUUUUUUUUUUCCUGUUUGAGCGGUGUGGCGUCAAGGAUAAUGGGUGGAAACGGCGUCGUUGUACAAUCCAACGCCUCUUCUCUCCGCCAACGCGCCGGCAUGGAACUCCCCGUCGGCAAACACAUCGUCCCCGAUAAGCCGCUUUCGGUGAACGACGAGCUGAUGUGGGACAACGGGACUGCGUUUCCAGAGCCUUGCAUUGAUCGGAUUGCUCAUACCAUCGGUAAGUUGAUCUGUGAGGGACUUGUGUUAACCGAGGCUGUGUACCUUUCAAAGCUCUUCUCGCUGUCAGUGGUCGAAUGCGGGAACUUCAGAACGAACAUCACAUGA